AUGAUCAAGAAUUAUUUAUUUAUAAGAAAUCUUGGGAGAAUUUCUUACCCAAGAUUUAAUGAUAUAAAAAAUGGUGUUUUCGAAGGAGAAAAAACUAAUGGGGAUAUUAAAAAUACACUUUUAUUAGUGGAGCAUUCAUCACCAUUGUUUACAUUCCCCAAAAAAGAUAUCAUUGAACAAUCUGAUGCAUUAUCAGAGGCAAUGUUAUCUUUUUCAUCAAAACUUCAAAAAAAUAAUGAUUUUAAUAGUUUUAAAAAACUAUCGAAAUUAGGUUUCGAUGUAUGUACCGUAGAAAAAAGAAACAAUGGAAUUUUAUGUUGGCAUGGACCAGGUCAGCUCACUGUAUAUCCAAUAUUCUCAAAUCAAUAUAAAAUAGAGGAAUUUACCUAUAAAAAAAAAUUAGAAAAUGUUGUUCAAAAGACUUUAAAAGAUUUACAAAUAGACUCAAUUAUAAAAAAUGACCAAAUUAUUAUUAAUAAUAAUCAAAUAGUUGGAGACAUUAAGAUAUUUAAUAAUGAAUUUAAAUUACCGGGAUUUUCAUUAAAUAUCAAUACAAAUUUUGGAGAUUUUAAUGAAAUAAAGAACUUGACAUCAAUUUCUAAAGUUACUAAGUCAUACUCAAUGUCUGUUUCUGAUAUUAUUCCAUUGGUCUCUAAUAAUUUUAAAAAAGAAUUCAAUUUUGAUGUGGUAAAUGAUUUUUAUUCAUAUUAUGUAUCACAAUUAGAAAAUCAAAAUUCAUUUGCUCAUAAACCAUCACCAUUACCCACAAAAAUAACAACAACAGCACCAACAAGUAGCUUAUCAAAUAAUCUUGUUAAAAACCAAAUAUAA